AAAGAACAAUUUCUGCUCGUCCGCUAGUCGCCAUUUUGAAGACCUUAGCGGAGCUGUGGAAGGAGCGACUACGCAGCUAAUCUCGCCAUUUUUUAAACGUUUCGUCUGUAGUUCUUUGGCCCUUUCAAGGAAAAAUGUCUCGAUACAACAAUAACCGCGGAGGGUUCGGGAUUAAUCACUAUCAGCCACGCCGAGGCAGAGGUCCCGGAGGCCCAAUUCGAGGCGGCUUGUUGGGAAACCCGCAAUUCCGAAACCACCCUUUCCAGAACUCGAACCAAAACCGGAGGGGAGGCAAUAAUUAUUCGUCUCCAAACAAGAAUAUUCCGCAGAAGUCUGAGCAAAACAAGUCCGUGCCGAGUAUUCCUCAACCGAGUCCCGGACCGGCCCUCACCAUGAAAGGCCCGACCCAACAGGAGCAGCAGAAAGCACCGGCCCAGCAGCAACAGCCGAAAACGAACACCCCUACGACCCAACCGAAGGCUGAGACCCCGGCCCCGAAACCGGACACAACCCCGUCUCAGUCCACUACCCAGACUAACCAGAACCAGCAGACCAAGGCUUCAACGGGUAAUACCAGCGCCCAGCAGCAGCCUCCUCCUCAGCAAAGCCCGAAGCCCAGUCCCCAGCAGACCCCGAAACCCGCACCGCAGCAGACCCCCAAGCCGGUUCCGCAGCAGAGCCCCAAACCCACCCCGCAACAGAACCCCAAGCCGGUUCCUCAGCAGAGCCCGAAGCCCACUCCACAGCAGAGCCCGAAACCAACCCCGCAACAGAACCAGAGACCCGCACCCCAGCAGAACCAGAGGCCCGGUCCACAACAAAACCAGAGGCCUGGGCCUCCACAGAACCAAAGACCCGGUCCACAGCAGAACCAGAGGCCUGGGCCUCAGCAGAACCAACGGUCCGGUCCGCAACAGAACCAGAGACCCGGCCCCCAGCAGAACCAGAGACAAGGCCAACAGCAGGGCCAAAGGUUUGGAUCCCAGCAAGGCCAGAAUACCGGUCCUUCACUGGGCCAGGGCUCAUCUAAACCGAAGUCAGAACCGGUUGCAGAUCAGCGGCCAAUGGACCAAGCCAGCGGAAGCGAUGCCAUGGAUUCAGAGACCGGCCAACAAGCGGAGGUCAGGAUCCCCCUGUCCAUGUUGCUGAAGCCAGGGGAGAAGUCAUACUCGCAGAGAUGUCGUUUGUUUGUUGGCAACCUGCCCAAUGAUAUCACCGAGGAGGAUUUCAGGAAGCUUUUUGCAAAGUACGGAGAACCAUCUGAAGUCUUCGUCAACAAGGCAAAGGGCUUUGGAUUCAUCCGCCUGGAGUCCCGUGCCCUGGCAGAAAUAGCUAAAGCUGAAAUGGAUAACACCCCGAUGAAAGGCAGGCCUCUCCGCGUUCGUGCUGCCACGCACCCCGCGGCCCUGGUUGUGAAGAAUCUGUCUCCGUUCGUUUCCAAUGAGCUCCUGGAGGAAGCCUUUUCCCAGUUCGGCAUGGUGGAGAGGGCAGUCGUUGUUGUUGAUGACCGCGGCCGAUCUGUGGGACGCGGUGUUGUCGAGUUUGCCUCCAAAGUAGCCGCAAAGAAAGCUCUGGACCGAUGCAACGAGGGUGUUUUUCUCCUCACCUCGUCGCCACGUCCGGUCAUUGUUGAGCCCCAGGAACAGUUUGAUUGUGAUGAUGGGUUUCCAGAGAAAUUUGCCCAUAAGAACCCUAAAUAUCAAGCGGCGCGUGAGCAGCCUCCCCGCUUUGCACGCCCCGGAACAUUUGAGUUUGAGUAUUCAAAGCGUUGGAAGUCUCUGGAUGAAAUGGAGAAACAGCAGAGAGAGCAGGUGGAGAAGAACAUGCGCGAGGCCCGCGAAAAGCUGGAGAGUGAGAUGGAAGACGCCUACCACGAGCAUCAGGCUAAUAUGCUCCGUCAGGAACUGUUGAGGCGACAGGAGGAGCUGAGGCGCAUGGAGGAAAUGCACAACCAAGAAAUGCAGAAGAGGAAGGAAAUGCAGCUCAGACAGGAAGAAGAGCGACGCAGACGUGAAGAAGAGCUGCUUCGACAGAGGGAGAUGGAGGAGCAGAUGCGGCGUCAGCGGGAAGAAAACUAUCGUGCAGGAAACUUCAUGGAUAGGGAUAUGGACAUCAGGAUGCACAGCAGUGGCACUAUGGGCAUGCCAGACGUGUCCUUCGGUGGAUCCAGCCAGAAGUUCUCCAUGGGUGGACUGGGCUUUGAGGGUCAGUCUGGGUUGGGAUCAUCACCAGGAAGCCUGAUGAGCAAUGACAUGCGCAACGAGCGCUUCGCCCAGGGAGGUGCUAGAGGAAUGGGUGCAGGUACCUCAGGGUACGGCCGCGUCCGCGAGGAGUUUGAUGGCCCCCUUAAGAAGCCCCGUUUUUAGAUGCUGCUUUUUGUUGAUUCCAGCAGCACUUUCCACAUUUCUAUGGAUACUCCCAAGGCGAACAUGUUGACUCAGAAUUAUUGUGUUUAAGUUAAAAUUGUUGCAUCAUUUUAGCCACAUUAGUUUUAUUAUCGUUAAUACUUUCCCUUUUUUUUUUUACUUUGUAUUGUCAUUAGCGUAGAGAGGUCACCCUGGUGUGAUCCAGAUCUUCUUUCAGACCAUGUAUACUUUUCAUUUCUAGAUGUGGUGUUCUCUGUGAAUCGUCGUGAAAUGAUAACUGUAACCUUUCUGAACCUCCUAUGGCUGUGCUUUGCCGUACUAUUUGGAGUUGAAACGUGACUAUAAUAAAGACAAACUGGUUCCAUCAGGAAAA